GUGUAUUUAUUCCAUUUAUAGUAGCAGGACUUUGUUAUUUUUUCCUUAUAAAUACGAGUCACUUGACUUUUUAUUUUUCCAUUACAUGACUUGGAGUUUCAUUGUUCCUUUUGGCUUUUCAUUCCUCUUGACAUGAGUAUUUACUUCAUUUAUAGUAGUCCGGUUUCAUCUUACUUGAUUUUUACAUUUAUAAUUAUGUUGCUUUCUGUUGAAGAAUCUAUGUUGCUUUCUAUGUUAUUUAUUGAAAUUUGUGCUGCAGUAAAGGACUCUUCUAGUGUGUCAAUGCGCAAGGAUGCUGCACAUGUUCUCAGAGACGUUCGUAUAAUUGCAUACUUUAGGCAGUGUCUUCCACGAGAGCUAGCCAUUGCAACAUACAAAGAUCUUGUUCGUAAUUUGGCUUCUGCUCCUGCUCAUGAAAUCUCUCUUUCAAGAAUCAGAGUUAUUGAACUCCACUGUGAGGGCAAUGAUAACAUUUCUCACAGUUUGAAAGCUAAGAUUGUUGGCUUAGGAAUCAGUGCUUCAAUCCCUCCUUCGCCUGAGAAUGCCUCACCGAAUUGUGUUGGACUUGGUACGUGCUACUCUAUUAUCUUAAAAGGUUGUCUCGAAGCUCCUGCUUGUUUAUUACAGGUGCAUUAGCUUUUCCUUGAAGAAAUAGCUCGU